UAACCGGACGGUUGCAAAAAGCUGUGGACAGCGGCGUGUCCUCGUUGUCCCGGUAUUCGGCAUCGGCCGCCUUCGACCAAGAGAUUCCGGUAUUGUGUGUGCCCGUCUUCUUUCUUUUACGUGUCAGUUCGUGUCGCGAAGUGUUCCGCCAGCAAAGGCAAUAGCAAUAAAUUACUUUCUUCCACCCUGUGCGUGCGUGCUAUAGCGCACAGCAUCUUGUCUUUACCGAGACACGGCCUGUGUCAACGCGGGUGACAAAGAGAGCGAUACAAUUAUUGUGAUGUGUAGGUGGUUCCGUCAGUAGGAAAAAAGCACGUAUUCCGCGGGUCGUGUUCACUUCUUUCAACCAUCUUUUAUUGAACACCCGACCGUACCAUUUCGCUUUAUUCUGCUGGUGGUCGAUCGAAGAAAAAGGGGAGCUCCGUCUCCCCCUUGUCAGACGCGAAUCGCGGGCGUGUGUGUUUGUGUGCUUGUGUAUUUGACCGUGCACGGAGGAGAGCAAAAGGAUGAGAAAGCUGUGCCACAAUAAUCCUGUGUUUGCAAUGCGUUAUAUAAAAAACCGCGGUUCCAUCUAAUCGUCGCUAUCUCGUCGGUCGGGAAGCAAUCACAUAUCCGAUACGGGUGCCACACACCGUUCGAGUCUCGCCAUUGUUGUCCUCGAGUAACCGCGGAGUCCCGCGGGGGCCGUUUACCUACCUGUUCGUUCGGAAGAGAGAGAGAGAGGGAGAAAAAAAGAAACAAGAAUCCGUGCAAUAUAGAGCGAGUUGCGCUUGGCUCGCGAGAUCAGUUCUUUGCAGUCGCUAGACGAGGGCGAGGUGUGCUGCCCGGGGAAACGGGGACGGCAGCCACGACUGGUGUCAUCGGAAAUCGUCCGAUCCGUGUUUGUGAAACCCCCCGACCGUCAAAUUGGACGACCACGCGCGUUCUGCGUGCGAUAAAGUAGUAAAGCAUCCCGUUCCGAGCGUAGUGCUCCCCAGCUCACAAAGCAAAGUGUAGAUUAGCUCAACUACUAGACCCGCCGUCGGCUGCUAGCGAGCGAAGAAAAGGGAAAAAGGCGAAGAAAACUGACCGCUAUUUCCACAACAAGAUGCAACAACUAGCCACCAUCAUCGGGGCGAACGCCUACUACGACGGGAGCCGUGUGUUUACCUGGCUGGCCGACAUGUGCGGUUUGUCGGUGGAUUUGGUAAACUUCCUCAUCACACAGUUUCUGGCACUGAUCCUCGCGUCCACGUUCCGCUCGUACUUGCACCCGUCGAAAGUGUCCGCCAGCACGCGGCACGCGAUCGGUCUGGUGAUCGGGCUGUUCUUCGGGUACUUCUGCUUCGGCCAGCAGGCGAUCCACAUUGCCGGCCUUCCGGCGGCCUGCUAUGUCGUCAUCCGCACACAAAACCCACAGAUCGUCCAACGGCUCGUCAUGGUCGUGGCAUUGUUCUACCUGUCCUGCAUCCACCUGCAUCGGCAGUACUACGACUAUGGGUCGUACUCGCUCGACAUCACCGGUCCGCUGAUGAUCAUCACGCAGAAGGUGACCAGCCUGGCGUUCAGCAUCCACGAUGGGUUCACGCGCGAAAUGAAGGACCUCACGCAGAGCCAGCAGCAGCACGCCAUCCGCAAGCUGCCGUCCGCGCUCGAGUUCUUCUCCUACACGCUCCACUUCCAAGGGCUGAUGGCGGGCCCGCUGGUGUUCUACAAGGAUUACAUCGACUUCAUCGAAGGUUGCCACAUCAUGAAGCAAACGGUCGCCAAUGCCAAGUACGACAUCGACAAGGAAAUUGUCCACGAACCAUCGCCGGUGAAGGCGGUCGUGAAGAAGGUGAUCGCCAGUUUGGUGUGCGCGUUGAUCUUCAUAAAGUUCGCUACCAUAUACCCGAUCAAAACGAUGAAAGAUGACGGCUUUAUUGCCAGUUCCGGCUUUUUCUACUCACUGUGGUACAUGAUGAUGGCGACGACGGCCGUGCGCUUCAAGUACUACUUCGCCUGGCUGAUGGCGGACGCGAUCUGCAACAACUCCGGGCUCGGCUUCAACGGGUACGACAAGCGGGACGGCGUGACGCCCCGCUGGGACAUGCUGUCCAACAUUCAGGUGCUGGAGUUCGAGUUCGGUACCAACUUCCGCAACUGCAUUAACGCGUGGAACGCCGGCACGAACCGCUGGCUGCGCAUGGUCGUGUUCGAGCGCGUCCCGAAGCGCUACGGUACGGUUCUCACGUUCAGCCUGAGCGCCCUCUGGCACGGAUUCUACCCGGGCUACUACCUAACGUUCGCGACCGGUGCCCUCAUCGUGAUGGCGGCCCGGAUCGCGCGCAAACUCUUCCGGCCAGCGUUCCAGCGCACGGCCGGCACUCGCGCCCUGUACGACGUCCUCACGCUGCUGGUGACGCGCGUCUUCAUGGGCUACGCCACGUUUCCGUUCGUUCUGCUCGAGUUUAAGGCUAGUCUUCGUAUGUACCUGAAUGUGUUUAUGUGCCUUCAUCUAGUCGCUUUGAUCACCGUAUUUAUUUUAUCGAACUACGUACCGCGCGGUGCGGGCUCGAGCAAAGCAUCCACCGCCGCGGCCGCUAAGCUCGACUCGACCGGCGAUGAAUCCUCCGUACGCCACAAACCGUACCAGGCGACUCCCACACCGGAACCGGUCACCACCGGCACCGCACUUCGCUACCGUGGCGAGAACGGACGCCGAACGAUGGAACCACCCAUUCUGAAUGGUUCGUCGUCGCAGCCCUCCCCCGCUGCUGCGUCCAUCGGCUCCCAAUCGGUGCACCACGUGGUGGACCCGUUCUGUUUGACCACCAGCGUGAGCGGCACCCACAAAAAGACUGACGAUUUUCUGCCGGACGAGGCGGACAACAACAACAGCAGCAACAGUGCCACCAUCACCACCAAGCCGGCCGGGGCCAAGCCGGGCGCCCGGGAACGCAUCAAGGAGAAGCUCGAGCAGGAGACGCGCAACAUCGAGGAGUUUAUCGACAAGACGGUGACGGGCUUCGUCGAGCUGAAGGACGAUCUGAUGCGCAUGAACGAGUCCCCGAUCGGUGGGCUGUACAUUCCGCGCAAGGUAAACGGUGCCGUUGGUGGCGGUGCGAACGCGACCGACGGCGAAGGAACUAACUCGUCAAGCGGCGCGUUCCUCAAGAAGGAAAUCGAUGCGCUCAACGCGGCCGUCCAACAGGCCAACGUGUUGCCGGCCGUUCUCAGCAAUGGGCAUGCCAAGUAAAAAAGCAGCCAACCAAAACAUACUCUUCCGCACUGCACUGUACCUCCCCGGCAAUCCGUCGUAUCUCCCUAAACGCGGGGGAGAGGUGGGUAAAAAAGAGCUCGUCAACGGACUUCCUGUUGGUGGAACUAGCGAGUGCCUACCAUAUUUGCGCGGGAAAGAUACAUUUAGUUUUCACCUUCACCUUCCGAUCCAGCGUCUUCUAUCUCGACCGACCCUCCACCGGUUCGUCGGUGGAGUUGAGUUUCUUCCUGCCCUUACCACCAACCGAGACGACGAUAUCAGACCGAACACGCCCCCCAAAAGUAACUGGAUGGAGGCGGUAAAUUUUGCUGCUUAUGCCAAAUUUUGUACAAACACAAACUACCUAAACUCAAGGCACGAGUUUAACGAGAACGACAACAGAAACCAGAGUUCCAAUGGGGAGGGAAGAAUGUUGAAGGAAAAUUGAACGUAACCAGAAUCAUCGCGAACAAGUUGUCAAUAAUACCUCCACAAAGCAAAACGGUCCAGAAUGCUGCACUAAACAAAAGGCGUGUAUGGAACUCGGGUCGACAGGAAUAGGAGAGGAGAUGGAGCCGAAAGGAGAUAUAUUUUUGAGAAACAUACCUAUAUUAUAUGAACCCCCCCCCAUAUGUUAUAAUCGGUUCUUGUGUCGUGUGUAUGCAUAAGUACUGCAAAAAACAACACUCCCUAAUUCAAAAAUCCCACUAAGUUGCUUCCAGUAAAGUCCCACCAGAAACUAGAGAGAGGGAGAGCGAGAUAAAUAAUCUAAUGAAAACAACGUGUGUUACGGAUACGAUGGCACAAAUAUAAUUUAAGCUUUUGGGUACAAUUUUUGCCGAAAGUCGUAAGCGUCGGCGCGCUAAACAAAACAGUUCGUUCAGUAGCAUUUGUCUAGUUUUAUAGAAAAAAAAUCAAGAAAUAACAAUUCUCGCUAAUAGUUACAAACUUUCUUCAUCACAAUGCUUCCAAAUUAAGACUUAUGUCGCGGGAACUCUGUAUCCUGUUAAUGGGAGAAGGAGCACUUGUUUUUAAGAUAGGUAUUUACCUUCGGUUAUUCGCCAUUAGCUAAGUUUACUUCGUCUCCUGCAGUCAAUUGCUUGGAGCCGAAAGAAAACCAAGGAUUUUUUUAAAGGACGAAACCCCCCGGCCUUGCACAGCACAAAAAUAUCUAAAAGUCUACUUCACCUGUUGUUACAAACAUAACUUGAGAUUUUUUUAAAAAAAGGAACGUAUGACUAGAGGUUUUUUUAUACUUUCGUUGUGUUUUUUUGUUGUUAUUGUUUACGAGUACUAGUGGUUUUCUCGAUUCCAUUGGUGACAUAGGAAGCUAGGAUGAGGAGAAUGAGCAAGAUCAGAUCAGGUUUAUUAAUUGCUAACAAUAUUAGAUAGGAGCUAAUUGAAGGACUGAACGAUCAUGGACGAUGGACGAACGUUCCAAGGAACGGAGAAUAUGGACCUGUGACAAACCUGCGAAUGCAUUUCAAAUCAUGGCAAGGUGUAAUUUGGGGGCCAGUAACACAUUUCUACCCCCCUCCUCCUUUUGGCUAGAUGAUUAGAUAAACGAUGGACCGAAAAGCGUGUUAGUAGAGGAAGGUCGGCAUCGGAGCGGUAUGGUAGACCCUAUUACCACAUCGAGGUGGGAACGUAGGGUCGUUUAGGUUCCUGCAAGAAAGGCGAGCGCAGCGGUGCUCAGGAAGAGAACGAGGAAAUGAUCACUAAAGGCACAAAGCAAACAAAACAUAUUACCAUAGAUAAGGGAAGGUGGCGCAAACAAACGUUUAAAGUAAGUCAAGCAAAAUGAUAACCUUAUUACUUUCAAAGAAACGAAGAAAAAAAACUACAAGUACGCAACACACAUACAUACACACACAAACAACCACAAAUACCAAUCAAAUACAUACAAGUUCUCCAGUGGAGUUCGUCUUCGAGAAACGGGCUUUCCGUGUGGGAGUGGAGAAGAAACUAUGAAUGUUGUAACAUCAACAAAAAUUAAUAAUAAAGAAAAGGAACUCUUUUUGUAGUAAACGCAAGGGCAAAAUAAAUUACAGUCGAUGAUUAGAUCGCGGCCCUGCGGCAUAAAGUGUGCGCAUCCGAAGAAAAAGGAAGCGCCUACCAUGUUUAUUCUGAUUAUUUUGUACAAUGAUUUCCCCAGUUACAAACAGUUGAGUUACAACUAAAAUUGCUUAA